AUGCUUAUCUGGAGACGUUUAUUAAUCAUUCUGUUGAAUCUAAUCAACUCUUGGUUUAUUGCUGCAACUGGAGAAAAGCCAGUUCAAAAAACAGAAAAUCUAGCUAUAGGAGCUUGUAGUCAAUAUGAUUCAAAUUUUUGUUCAAGACAAGUAGAAAAUAGUGUUUGUAAUUAUGAGAAAAAUGAAUGUUUUUGUCGGAAAGGAUUUGUGGCAAUUCGUGAAAAUGGUCGAGUAACAUGUAAAACAUUGCUAACCGAUUUAAAAUGUCGGGUAGAUCGUGACUGUGUUCAUGUGAAUCGAAGCAGUUGUCAUCCUGGUGCCGGUUACUGUUCAUGUCCUGGAAAUACUAUAUACGUUCCUGAAAAACAUGCUUGCAGGUCACGUUUUACCUAUCCCAGUGAUCCAUUUUGUGAUGUAUGCCUUCAGUUGAAAGGAACUUGUUUUAAAUAUGAAUUAUUUGAAAGAGUUGCAACAGAAGAAAGGGUGAAUCCAAAUGGUGUUGGUUGUGUUUGUCCAGAUCAGAAAGUGUCGAUUAGUACAAGAACAAGUGAUCCGUUAAAAUAUAUGUGUGAUGGGAAUUUGGUUGAUAUUGGAUCAGAAUGUGAUGAUGAAUCAUUAUUUUGUCGUUCAAUAAAUUCCAUUUGCAAACCAUUACAAGAAGAACUGUUACUAUCUACUAACCAGUUGCAUAGUAUUAAAAGUAAUCUGUGGUCAGAAAACUUUCCUAGUGGAGAUCAUUUACGCAGAAGUCAAAUUAUACGUACAUGUCAGUGUAAACCAGGAUAUUUACCAGUAUAUCAAAUUAAUUUAAAGUAUAAUGAAUGCUUUAAAAUAUUACCAAUGAAAGCUAAACAUUGUCAGAAAUGUGUUGAUACAGGUGGUCAAUGUUAUGAUUUAAACGAUGAUGGAAUAGGAGAUGGUUGUGAUUGUCCACCUAGUCUUUCAUCUAUCGUCUAUGGAAAAGAAAACUCAGAAAUAUAUUGUGGAACAGUUCAUGUAUCUGUCAACUGUACAAAUGGAUAUUUAUCUGUGUGCUAUUAUCCUCAUACCUAUGGACCGUACAGCAGCUUGUUUGAUGAUUUGAUAAAUCACCGUUCUGUAGCCAGAUUAGCAUCCGAUAAUUAUAUGAUAGAUACACUACCUCUACAAAUAUCUGGUUUGUCCAGUGAAGCCAACAGGACAUAUCAUUAUUCAAAUUUUCAAAAUCUUUGUACACUCAAAUCAGAGAACGAUACAACGGGUACUGAAAACACUUUCGUAACAGAAUCAAUAUCAUAUGAUAAUUAUCAUUUACAUGGGCACAAACAAAAAGAUUCUGUUUGA